AGAACAUCCUGUACUGAAGCAUUUGAUAGAAGCAAGAGAACUGGAUGUACUCUACUUGGACAAUACGUUCUCAGCACCCUUUUGCAGAUUCCCAUCCAGGGAAGAAGCCAAAAAGCAGCUCUUUGAUAUUAUUGAGGUGUAACCUGCAAAGCUCAAGGGUUGCAAGGCUCGUCUGAUAUGUUUGAUUUCUGUCAUGGAAAAGUAGCCUACCUUUCCAAACCAACAGCAGGGAAUGUGAAUAUUAGAAAUUCCUACCCAGAUCACACAAUUAAGAUCAGUGUCCGAGAGCUUGGCAGGGAAGACCUGUUGGAGGCAGUUGCAAGGAGGUUUCAAGAGAGAAUUCUCGUUAAUCAAGACAAAUUUAAGGUGUUGGAGUUACUGCAGUAUUCAGAUGCUUUUACUAAUGACCCUUCGCAAGCAAGGAUUCAUGCUGUCCCAAUGUCACAGAUCCAAGUUAGAACACAUGAAAGAUGGAAUGAGGAAAGCCCAACCAUCAGUAUAGUGUUGACAGCUUUAUUUGUUGGAUGGCCUCAUGGACCAUACAGCAGCCAGGCCAACAAGGGAAUCUUCAAAGUAAUGUACAGUGAUCAUUCAUCCUAUGAUGAACUGAUGCAAAUGGUUGGAUGUCUCAGACCAAGACGCAUAAUCCCCAUUGUACAGAAGUGGUCAAAGGUUGGAUGGUGGGCAGAUCCUAAUGCUCCUGACCAGUCAGCCAAGUUUGACAUGUCUGUAUAUGAUCACUUGCUUACUUAUCCACCUCCAGAUCCUAUUCUGAUUCCUGAGGCCAUUACUCGGAUGAUGUAUCAGGGUGGGCCUUUAAUGAUCUCUCACCAACCUCGCCGCUGUUCCCUGCGUCAUGGCCUGGCACCCCGGCCCAGACGUGCUUUGGGAGUUCGAGGGGUAGUUUUCACUUCCCCAGAACGAGUUACAGAAUCUCCAGUACCCAGUGGUAGCAUGACUCUUGAUGUUAGUUUCCGUACAGAUACAUCUUGUUCCAUCAUGCAUCCUAAACUAUAUUUCCCUAAUACUGACCAAGAUAGUAAUUCUAUGGCAACUCAAACACCUAGAAAAAUAUUAAAAUCAAGAAGAUUAUCUUCCUCUGAUGAUAAAGAUAAUUAUGUAACAAUGUCAGACCUAAGGUUACGAAUUAUGUCACGUACUAAAGCACUGGCUGUCUCACAUUUUAUUAGCCUAGACUCUGAGGAUGCUACUGGCAAUGGUAAAUCUAGCUCUGAAGUACUCAAAAAGGCCAAAGCUAUUUGUCAGUCUCUCUCAUAUGUUGAUGCUCUUUUCUGAACAGAAUAACAAAAUUAGAUAUAUUAAUUUUAGUUAGCAAUAAUUUAUAAAACCCAUGUAUCUGAAAAGAAAUUGGAAUAGUACAAAUACUAUAGUCAUAUUUGUAGAUAUGAGUGCAUGAGUACUAAGUUAUUUUUCAGUAAAAUUGAACUUUAGUUCAUAAAUAUGGUUAACAAUAAAACAUUGAUAACUGAAUGACCUGCAUUAUUUAUCCUAUUGCAAUGUAUAUUUAAUCACUAAAAUGUAUGUGUAGCUGUUGCCAACAUGACAAUUUUUCUUUGCUUCUUUUCUUCCCUUACUUUGUCUUUUCUGUGGCUUUUCUUUCGUUCUUGUUAAUUGGCCUUUUUGUCCAGACUUUAAAAUUGUUUUGCUCUUUCUCUCUGAGCUGUUGUCCUUGUUUCUGUAUCUUUCCCUAUUCUCUUUUCUGCUAUGUAUGACAUUGACAAAAAAAAAAAUAUUUUCAAUUUUUAUUUUCUAACAGGCAUUCUUUCAAAGGUAUGUGUUUAUCCAUUACAGCUUAUGAUAUUAUGAAUUGUGUAUAAAGCUUGUAUUUAAAUAUGUUAAGGACAUGUUACAGAGGUUGACACAAACUCAGUAAUCCUGUAGUUUUCAUGCAAUAUAUACACACAUGCACAUCAUUCUCAAAUUUGAUAUUUCAAUCCAUAAUGUGUCUAUGAUGAUCAGUUUUUAAGUAAAUAUAUAUUACUGUAUAUAAAACUACAUACAAAUACUUUGGUGUUAGACUAACAAUUCCUUAGUCUUACUUAAAAAAAUGGUUGCAUAAGUCUCCUAAUCUAUGUUAGCAUUAUUAACCUUAUUAUUAUUGCUCAAAAUUUUCUUAUUUUAGUACGGUCCUUCAAUGAAUACAAUAAUUAAAUGUUGAAAAGUGUUCAUUAUAUAAAUACAAAAAUCAAAGUUACAAUAUAAAUAAAUAAAACUUUAUUGCAAAAACUGCCUAACAAACUGAAGCAUAACAUAAAUGUUCAUAUGAAUAUACAGUGAUACCUUUCACAGCAUUGUGAAUAUCAACUUUCUUUAACAAGGGUUACUUCAAGAGAGAACCUUUGAUGUAAGACUGCAGGCUAGUAAUUGUGCUGAUAUUAAACCUUUUCGUAUAAUCCAUAAUGACACACCUGAGGUUUUAUAUCUAGUCCUUUUCGUAGAGAUUUGACAUCUUACCUAUUUAUUACAAAGUAUGCUCUUUCCUCACAAACUAAGUGAAUAAAUUUCCAGCUAAGUAGUAUUCUCUCUGAAUCUGAACCAGUCAAAAAAGGUGGUCAGCAUCCACAGCAAGCUUUCUUACAAGUCAGAUCUAUAUCCAUAAAUGGAAUUCAUGAGGCAGUGCUAUGAGAGGUAUAAAUGUAUAGCACUGACCAAUAAUGCAUCUCAACAUUCAUUUCAUUAUUACACGAACUGAAUUCACCAAAGCUUCCACAGUCACAUUCUAGACACAUUAUCUGUAACUGCUGUUAUUCAACAUUAAACAUGAGCAGCAAAAUAUUCUCUACUGAAACUUUAAUGCCUCUUUUAUUAAUGAAUUUAGAAGUUACCCAAAUUUUGGAACAUAAGAAAAUGUAAAAUAACUCCAUUAAAUACCAGACAUAGAACUAAUAUCUGUGACACAGUUCAUUCUAGUGAUAAAUCUAAUCAGGUCCAAAGGUACUGACAAUACAAAAAAGGGACUGGUAAUCCAGAAUGAGAAAAACAGGUUAUGCAACUUCAAAAGAAUAAAAAUUCUAAUCCUGUCUCUUAUUCACCAAUGGUAGACACACUUAGUGUAAAUUUAUGGAUAGCAGUGCCAACUCUGCAUAUGAACCAGUUACCUUCUUAGCUAUGGAAAAGGGGCGAGACUUUUAGACAGAUAGGAAAUUGAGUAUAAUUUUGAACAAUAACAAGAAUUACAACAGUGAACAAAGAAAUACACAACUAAUUGUUUAAGGAGUCUAUACACCUUUAUCCAUGCUAAAGAUCAGAGGAGCUACAAUUACGGCAAUUCAUACUACAAAGCAGUUCAAGGUUGAAAAUAUUGCAGUAACAUAACUGGCCCUGACUUCUGCUUUGCUUUAGCUAUUUCUUUAGCUUUUACAUUAACAUACAGAUAUUAAAGCUAUGUCUGUCAGAAAAAUGAAUCAUUGAAGCUGUACGAAAAUAUUUUAAAUUAACGAUCUGCUGCUAUGAGGGGAAAGAGAUCUCAACCAAAGUCUACUGCAUCAGAACCAGCAUAAAGUAAGCAUAAUUAAUAAUUAAAUCUACAAAAGACACUGACACAAAAAAUAGACAUACAGUAACAGAUUCCUGAUUAUAUAUAUAUAUAUAUAUAUAUAUAUAUAUAUAUAUAUAUAUAUAUAUAUAUAUAUAUAUAUCCUGGAAGGUCUCAAAUUUCUUUUGAAGCAUAUUUUGCUGCCCAGCAUAAUAGCAAUAAAUGCUAAAAUAAAAUUGAGAUGACAUGACUGUCUAUGAAUAAAUAUGCUUUCUUUGACGUGGUAUGCAAAAUACAAGUUUGGACUUACAUAAACAUGAAGGCAAAUUAUAGCUAUUGAAGAGCCUACUUUUUGAACAUACAUAUAUACAUACAACACAGCCCUAGAGACAAUGUACAAUGGUAUACAUACAAGUGUGCUCGUUAAAGGUUUAUAUACUAAAUAUGAAUUUUUAAACAAUGUUGGGAUGAUGUACUUGUAUCUCUGAAAGACUUCUAGAUAUUUCUAUUGAAUCACAUUUCUCAACCUAAUGGAAGAGAAAAAGGAAAGGAUAAAAAAAAGCACUGAUAACGACACAGUACAGUUACAUGGACAACGAUUAUUAUUUCCACUGAGAUAAAAUACUUGUUACAUUACAAACUACUUAUCUGUAUAAUGCACAGCCUUUAGAACCACUCCUAAUUGUGUUCAUAAGUUCAACUACCAGUUAAUCAGUGGAAGUAUAAUCCAACAGAGUCCAAAUCCUGCAUAUCAUACAAAACUGUGGUAGUAAAAUUUCAGUCUACAGUCUAGAAUGCUUUUAAGUAAUAUAGUAUGCAGCUUCUGUUUUUUCUUAGAGUUUAAUGUGUUCCUUCCUAAAAAAAAAUUCUUAGUUUAACUUUUUCUUGCUAUAUUAUUUAUUAAAAAAAAAAAAAAAUAAAGGGAAUUAUUUCCUUUCUCAAAGUUAUAUA